GUCCAAAACCAUAAUAUUUCUGAACUUUUACGUUUUGGGGACAAGAUGGAGAAGAAGGUAGCUUUGGUGUUGUCGUUGAUGUUGCUUAUGUCUAUGAACUCGGUGUUGGUUUCGGCUGAGGAAGCAGCACCAACGGUUGGACAGAGGGUAGACACAGCCACCAACGACGUUACCAACUUCUUCAAUGAACAUGCCGGUCCUGCCGCCGAUACGGUCUCCUCUACCGCCAAGUCGGUCUACAACUGGUUUGGUGAUAAAGCCAAGGAAUGGGGCCUCUAAACUAUAUGUUUUAUGAGCGAAGGAUUUGCGGACUUGGGAUUGGAAGCAUUUUCAUGUACAAGAGUUUGAUAUCCGUGUACUAUUUUAUGUAAGAUUAACAUUAUAAGAAAGAUAUACAAUUUGAUCAAAAAAGAGAGAGACAACAACAGAAUCAUUCGCUAUUUUCAAAAUUUGAUGAUGAAAUGGCAUUUGCAUAUGCCUUCUAUUAUAUACAUGAAAAUAGGUCAAUAUGGGUGAACUAAAAAUAUAUUUAAAAAGUAUUUAAGCAUGUUGACUAAAAAAAACAUCUGCCCACCAUGUUAAAUCUACUCUUUGUAAUUCUUUUGACAUCAAAAGAAUCAAUCAAUCUAGUUUAAAAAAUAAAAAAAUAAUUGUUCUUUAUAUAAAAAUUGUUGCAUACAUUCAGUUUUCAGAAAAGCUACUGAUUUUUUUGUCACUUAGAUAACCACGAAUUUAAAGUUAUUAUUAUUUACAAAUACAGAAGAAUGAG